UAUUUAUGGCUAGUGCAAAAUAUACCACAUGGAUUCAUCGCUUUCAACUUCACUCUGGUCGAAAAAAUUAUCUCGUCUAAUAAUUAGAGAGCUUGCAGCGCACUCUACCCAAGUUUGCUCUCUUUAAUCGAAAUUUGUCAGAAUUUUCACAUUGAAAAUCAUCUCCAGACGACAAUGAACGCGGAAAAAUUGAAGAAACUGCAGGCAGAGGUCCGCAUCGGCGGCAAGGGCAUGCCCCGUCGUAAGAAGAAGAUUGUGCACACGAACUCGGCUGUGGAUGACAAAAAGCUGCAGUUGUCACUGAAGAAGCUCGGCGUGAACACCAUCCCUGGAAUUGAAGAGGUCAAUAUGAUCAAGAAUGAUGGAACGGUGAUCCACUUUAACAACCCGAAGACACAGGCUUCUCUGGCCACCAACACAUUCGCCAUCACCGGUCACAGUGAAUCGAAGCAGAUCACGGACAUGCUUCCGAGUAUCAUCACUCAGCUGGGACCGGAAGGACUCAACCAGCUUAAGAAGCUAGCGAGCGCGGCGGUGGCCGAGGAUGACGACGAUGUGCCGGAGUUGACCGAAAACUUUGAGGAAGCCUCCAAGCAGGAGGUGGAAAACAUUACACAGAAAGUGCAGGAAAUCCCAGUUUCAUAAAUUGACUUCCCUCCUCCAGCCUUGCUUCUCUGUGCGCCUCUUCGCCCUGUUUCUAACAUUAGUCGCUCCCAUCCCAAAACAACAAAAGCAAAUGAUAAGGAUGUGUUUUUCUUUGUGCGUGUGCUGGUUCAGCGCUGGAAAAGUUCUGCUCGACAAAAUCACACAUCUUUGCAAAGUCGGCCAUCAGCAGCAAUUUCAAGGUUGGAUUCAUUCCAAUCGAUCAGCAGCAGCCAUUACCGGGAUCUGGCGUACCAAUCGAGUUCAGUGAGCAGUCAACGAAACUCUGUGUCGCCGGGGUCAGUCUGGUCAUCGCAGUCCCGCCGAUCGAUUGGAAGUGGGAAAAUCCAUAGCAAAACCAUCUGCAAAACACUCUGUGGCUUGUAAAUAACAAAGAGUAAAAUUCAAGAAGAUCAAGAUACCAACAGCAAAAAGCAGAAGAUAACUUCGUUAUAAAACACAUUUUAAUAAACAAAAAUUGAAUAAAAAGUAGAUGUAAGGACACAUAAGGAAUCCAA